ACGAAUUUUGUUAGGUUAUGUUGUGAAAUUCCCGAUUCUGAGUGACCGCGUAACUUGCGCAAGAAUCAAAAAAUGGUUUAUUUGCGUUGUAAAUAUUGAAAUAAAUAAACCAACACGAAUUUGUUUAUUGUCAAGCAUUGCGAAUUGCGCAAAAUGGCCGAGACAUUCUUCAAUCCAGAGCGUUCAGAUGAAGAUCUUAUUAGCGAGUGGUACAAUAAUGCCCUUAUGGGCGAUCCCACCGAGGCCGCCAAUAACCUGCGUAAGAUACAAGAAGUAAUCCUGCAUAAAAAUCCGGCAUUAUUGCCGGAAUUCUUUUCAAAUAUGCUGGAUUUUGUCACAUCCAAAGAUAAUGAAGUUAAGAAAGCACUUGUUGGUUUUAUUGAAGAAGCAUGUAAAAUUGAUGAAGUUUACAUUCCUAAAGUAAUGCUCACAUUACUUAUUUUAUUAAAUGAGGGCACAAUUGCUAUCCAGAAGAGGGUUGUACAGACCACAAUCACUCUCUAUAGAAAACUAUUAGCUAUAUUAUGUGUGGCUACUGAAAUUAGUACUGAAUUGGAGCAAGCAUGGACACAGAUGAGUGAAAUGAAGACAAAAAUAACCGAACUGAUUGAUUCUGAUAAUGAUGGAGUAAGAACUAGUGUGGUGAAGUUUCUGGAAGGUGUAGUUCUCUUACAGAGUUAUCCAGAUCCACAUGAGAGUAAUAAAAAUGAUUUUACUUUGGAGAAUAUUCCGAUUAGUUUAAAAAUUGCCAGAAGGAGAAAAUUGGAAGAAGAAGCAAAUUCAAUUUUUGAUGAAUUAUUAAAAUUCAACAACUCGUCACACAUCAGCAAUGCCAAUUUAUUCGUCUGCAUUGGCGCAUUAACAAACAUAGCUAAAAACCGCCCGGAUUUUAUGGGUUUAGUUGUGAAUGCGCUUGUUAAUCUAAGCACAAACCUUCCACCUACUUUGAGCACCACACAAGUGGCAUCCGUGCGCAAAAAGUUGAAGUCCGAGAUGACAAAUUUGAUCAAACAUCCAGCCACACAGGAUUUCCUAGAGAAAAUCACGCCGCGUUUGCUUGAUUUAGGCAGCACACCACAAGAAAUAGCCAGAGUUUUACCUAAAGUGGAUGAGAGCAGGAAAUACAACAAGAGGACACUACCCCAGGAAGGCGAGAAUGAUCCAAAGCGUAUUAAACUUGAAGAUAAGUCUUCCGAGGAAGAUAAUUACACGAAACAACAACGUGCUAUCACAAUGAAUGAAAACUAUUUAAUAGAAAAGUUAACUCUGCCUACAGCUUCAGAAAUCGUGUUGAAAGGCUUACUAGAAUUACCUCAGAAAAUGCCGAAUAAUUUCAAAGUUGAUUAUAACGAAGCGUUAAAGAAAGGAAAGCCUGGCGAAGUGAAAACGGUUGCAAGACUGAUGGCAGAGCUAUUUGUUGAGAAUGGCGUAGGUCCAGGGAGUAGUAUAAUUGGUAAAGGCGUUCUUCUUCGCAAACAGGAAGAUAUUAAAAAGAAGCGACCGCGUGAGGAUGAUGAUGAACAGGAACCGCAGAAAGAAAAAGAAAGGAAGAAGAUAAAGGUUCCACGCGUGAAAAUUCUCAAACUGCAUGAAAUUACACGCCCAUUGGAACGUACAGUGAAGGAAGACCUCCUCUUGGGUGCUGUUAGACGUCUGUUGAGUACAAAUAACAACACACAAAUCCGACAGAAGAUAAUUACGGUUGUCGCGGCAAGUUUCAACGAAUUUGUGCGCGAUGCAGUCAUGAGUUAUGUCCUCGACAAUCUCAAAUCCCACAUGGAUCUUGCCCUUGGCUGGCUGUAUGAAGAAUACAGCAUUUUGCAAGGCUUUACGCGCAUUCCCGAACUCCGCAAACAAUCGCGUAUUGAACAGAAUUAUAACACUUUGUUAUCAUCGUUUGUUGCAUCUGCGGAUAGCGAUUCAGCAAUUGUACAACGAUUAUUAUUAGAAGCGCCCUUGAUUACCGAUCAUGUCUUGACUCAAUUGAAACAGAUCUGUAAAGAAGAGGCGUCAUGCGAAUGGGCUACGAAUUUACUGCGUGAGUUGAUUGUCCGUCGACCAACUAGGCAGAUUACGUUUCUAAAUACACUUCUGGAUAACAUAACAUAUGAAGUGCAAGAGGUACGGGAUCAUGCGAUUGGGCAUAUUGUUCAGUUGCACACUUGCAUUGAACUAAGGCAACAUAUCGAGGAUUAUGUUAGAAACAAAAUGGAGUAUUUGUGCGAGCCGAGUCCGCCAGAAGUUCUCUUUGGGUUCAAUCAGGGCCGGCUGCAGGCUAGCGAAACAUGGACGGAGGAUAUUAGCAAAGCUUGUCUGGAAGCUUACGUCGCACUCUUGCCGUCAAAUCAAUCGUUGAUUCAUGAUUUAGCUAAGGUUUACGUUAAAACUACCGCGGAUGUUAAAAGAGUGAUCUUAAGAUUACUUGAAACGCCAAUACGCACCAUGGGAAUGGAGUCAAACGAGUUAUUAAAAUUGGUUCAAGAGUGUCCCAAGGGUGCGGAAACGCUUGUAACUAGAGUUAUUCAUGUUUUAACUGAUAAAGGCCCGCCGAGUGCGCAGCUUGUAAAACGCGUUCGUGAAUUAUACAAUACACGUGUCUCUGAUGUGCGGUUUUUGAUUCCGGUAUUGAAUGGUCUUACUAAACAGGAGAUUAUUCAAGCGCUGCCGAAGCUAAUCAAACUCAAUCCUGUCGUGGUGCGUGAAGUCUUCAAUCGUUUGUUAGGCGCGCACGGUGAAUGCUCCAUCACACCCACAGAAUUACUCGUCACGCUUCACCUGGUUAACAAUGACCAAGUUGAUAUCAAGACGCAGAUGAAAGCGAUCACAAUGUGUCUCAAUGAAAAGAGCGUAUUUAAUCAGGAGAUACUCGCGGUGGUAUUACAACAGCUUAUGGAACAGAGUCCAUUGCCCACGUUGUUGAUGCGCACGGUCAUUCAAGCACUCGGGUUGUUUCCGCGUCUGAGUGGAUUUGUCAUGAAUUUACUGCAAAGGUUGAUCAUAAAGCAAGUCUGGAAGCAAAAGGUUGCUUGGGAGGGUUUUGUAAAGUGUUGUCAACGUACAAAACCGCAGAGUUUUCCGGUUUUACUGCAGCUGCCUGCCGCGCAAUUAACGGAGGCGAUGGAAAUGUGUCCUGAAUUGAAGGAACCUUUGAAAGAACACCUGCUGGGUUAUAACGAAUCACAAAGGGCUCAUGUACCACAAUCAGUGCAGGAGAUAUUCUUAUCUGGACAAACGGUAACACCAGAAGUCGAGGUUAAAUCACCACCUGUGGAUGCACAUCAGUUUGAUAUCCCAAGGAUAGAUUCUGAACCUUUGCCACCUGGUAUGGAUUAAAUAUUUCGAAAUGUGUUUUUUAUAAUUUUCUAGGUUAUUGAAAAUAUAAUUAAGAAUUUUGUUGGUUUGAAGGUA